AUGACGAAGCCAGGCGAGGUGGCGGUGCCGGUGGCGGCGGCGGCGGCCAGCGUGGUGGUGGUGCUGUCGCUGGUGGCCACCGUGCUGCUCAUCCGGCGCCGCAGGAAGGCGCUGGACCGCGACGCCGCGGGGCCCAGCAUCGUCGUCUACCCCUCGCACCACGGGUCCGCGCCGCAGUUCCUGACGAAGGAGAUCAGCUUCACGCUGCCCACGCUGCGGCACGCGGCCUCGCUGGACGAGCUGGGCGGCGAUGGUGACGCAGACAUGGACGACCGGUUCGAGGACGGCGCCAGCGACCCGCUGGUGCCCGCCAGCGGUGCCCACACGCAGCGGUCCAACUCGUUCAGCUGCUACGGCCUCGGCGCUAUCGAUCCUUCGCUGUACCGCGGCGCGCUGGGCCUGGACGAGAACAUGUCCUUCCCAGAGGACCACCUGGGCCGCGUGUGGUUCUCGGUGCGCUACGAACCCGCGACGGAGAAGCUGCUCGUGUCGCUGCUCAAGGCGAGAAACCUGCCUUCCAGGACCGUCGCCACCGUCAACGCCUGCGACCCCUUCGUCAGACUGCAUUUGCUGCCUGACGAGCGGCGAUGUCUGCAGUCCAAGCAGAAGAAAAAGACCUGCAAUCCAUACUUCGACGAGACGUUUGUCUUUCAGGUGCCGUCCAAGAACGUGUCCGACCACAUCCUGAAGCUGACCGUGCUGGACGCGGGGCGCGCCAAGCGCCGCAACGUGAUCGGCCACGUGUCGCUGCCCCUGCGCGAGUUGGGCACUGGCGGCGAACAGCGCCUCUUCAACAUGGACCUCGAGAAGGAGGCGCAGGAGCAGGUGUCUGAGCGGGGCGAGCUGCUGGUGUCACUGCUGUACAACGAGAACCUGCACCGGCUCGCCGUCACCGUCAUAGAGGCCAGGAACCUCAAGUUCCGGGAGGAACGGCGCGACUCGUACGUGCGCGUGUCGCUGCAGCAGCAGUACCGCGCCGUCAAGGUGAAGCGCACGGCCACAGUCCGCAACACGGACUGCCCCAACUUCUCGCAGUGCUUCAACUUCCGCGUGCCCGCCGCCCGCCUCGACCUGACCAGCAUCACGCUGCACGUGCUGGUGCCCGUGCCGGGCUACGGCAGAGGCGACAUGUGUGUUUCAGAUAAGCCGAUCGGCAAGGCGGUGCUGGGGUCGUACAUGUUCGCGCGCGGCAAGGCCUUGGCCCACUGGAACGCCGCCAUCUCAUCGCCCAUGGAGCAAGUUCAGCAAUGGCACGCCCUGUCCGAGUGA